AUGAAGAGCCAGUUGAGAAGCUCCCAGCCAACCACCCCUCGGCGCCAACAUCAACCCCCCGAGUCAGCUGCGGGUCUGUCCCAGCGCCCCGAUCUCCCGCUCCAGAGGACCACUACGAUCCGGCGGCUCUGUCAAGACCCCUUACGAUGCGAUAAGGGGUCGGGGCUGCACUCACACCUGGUUCAGAUCCCUCGGUCGGUCGCAGCCGGUCUCGACGUGAUGAGGCAGAAGAAAACGCGGCCCGGGCAGACCGAGUCGAGGACCUUAAACGACAAGAGGACCAGGGCGGAGCCUGAACGGCAGCAGGCUUCAGACUUGCCUUUGGAAGAGGGAUCCUCUGGCCCUUACGCCUCCAUAACCGAAGACAGGUACAGCAGGCCUCGAGACAGAUUGCGUCUUGGAGCUGAGAAAGGAGAAGAGCAGCGCUCUGCGUUGGGAACGAGCUCGGCGAGGCCCGCCGACCGACGGCGCUCAGGGCCCGAGCGGCAGCAGGUUUUGGACCAGGCUCUCUAUGACUGCCAAAUUGAAGAGGCAUUCCGCGGGCUACUUGACAAGCUCGUCCGCUGGGAGAUCUCGACAGUUGAGGACGCACAGGCCAUGAAGGAUGAGCUCGGCAAGAUGGCCCUCACGCCCACUCCCGCUCCCCCGGCAGCCGAGGCCGAAGAAGAGAGAUCGUUGGGGCCGGACGCCGUGGGCAACGAGAUCCGUCCCGUCACGGAGGGGCUCGAGGAGUCAGAUACUAAGGAGCAAGAGGCCAGGAAGGAGGCCGAGAGCCUAGCUUUCGAGGUUGUCGACACGUUGGACGCGGGAGACCCCGGCGACGAGUACGUGGUCUAUGAAGUCGAGGACUGUCAGGGCAAGACACUGGAGGAUGGCGCGGGCAUGUGGUACGUUUCGUACAAGGAGGUCUCGGCGGAUGUGGAUGGUGAGUAUGUUCUGCUCUAG